AUGGUUAUACGAAUAUCAGAUAUGCAGUCUCUGAAAACCACAUUUACUCACUAUUCACAAUGUAUUAACUAUUAUCAAAAUUACGCUUAUAGUACUAUAGUAUACGAUCAUUUUCAACUUAAUAAUCAUUUUAACAUUGACAUAAUCUUUGAAUCAGAACGUACAAUAAUUAAAGAAACCAACUUUCCAACAUCAUCCAAUACUACCAAUCAAAAAACUUUAAUUAUAGAAAUCUAUCAUCCAAAAACAAAUCCUACUAGUAAUUCUUUUUCAAUAUCCAAUAAUAAUGUUGUAAUUUUACUAAGGAAACAUGAAGAAGGUUUAGAAUGGUCGUCAUUAAGGUUUAAAUAUUAUCUGGAUGGCGAUGAUAUGAAUGGAGAAGAAGAAGAAAAAUGGUUCCUCACAAAUGAAAAUGUAAGAAAAUGCACUGAACUUGUAGAGAGACAGUCGAACUGGUCUAAAACUUCUUCAUCCCCUGAAAUAGUGUCAACACAAACUAUAAGAGAUAGAGACGGAUUGGUUUUACGAAUUAAAAGUAAGCAACAACCUUCUUCAAUUACUAGCGAAUCACCAUUUUGCGGAGAUAUAGUGAAUCAAAUGAAAAAUAUCGAUCUACAAGAUCAAACAUAG